AUGGUGUUCCUCGGCAUAUAUCGCGCCAUCUACGACUAUGAGCCCCAGAGCGACAAUGAGAUCGCCCUGAACGAGGGCGACAUCUUGAUGGUGCUGGAGAAGUCGACCAUCGACGCCUGGUGGAAAGCAAAGAAGAAGGGGCGCGAUGGCGACGAGGAAGAGCCCGAGGGCUUGAUCCCGAACAAUUACAUUGAAGAGGCCGCCCCAGUUGCACAAGCCAAAGCCCUCUUCGAUUACGACCGCCAGACGGACGAGGAGCUCUCGUUCAAAGAGGACGCCGUCCUAGACGUUUACGAUACCACCGACCCGGACUGGACACUGGUGGGAGUCGCAGACGACUAUGGCUUUGCGCCCGCGAACUACAUCGAGCUCACUGAAGAGGGAGCAGCAGGAGGAGCACCAGCUGCGCCAUCUCCCGCGCUGCCUAGUCGCCCGCCCAUGCCACCAGCGACCGACUCUUUCGAUGACGAUCAGCCGCCUACUCCAGACACUCCUCCACAACCGAGUCCCGCUGCGGCUCUGGCUGGCAUCAUACAGAAGAAGUCGCAAGAGGCAGCACCGCGAUCGACUAUUUCUCCUCCGCCCAACGUAAGCGCGCCUCCGCGACAGCAACGACGCGUGCAAUUUACCCCGGAAGAGUCGGACGAAGAAGUGCCAGCACCCCGUCUUCCCCAGCGACCCGAGUCCGAGGUCUACUCACCGCCGCCUACCCAAUACGCACACGCGCGAUCCCCAUCGCCCCCAGUCAGAUCGCCACCGCCCCGAAGCGUCACGUUCGACCAAUAUGAUCCUCCGAGCAGGGACGAGCAGCCCGCGACACCCAUGUCGGGGUCGGGAUACCAUUUGUACAACAUCUACGAGUACAUUACACAGCCGGGCAAGAAUAAGAAAAUGCCAAUCACCCUGGGUGUCAACAUCCCGAAAGGAAUGAUCAUGAUUGCACCCGAGAAGUCGCGCGACGGGCCGCAACAGGAAUGGAGCGCGGACAAGAUGGAAUACUACUCGCAAGAAGGCAAACACAUCUUCAUGGAGCUUAAGCAGCCAAGCAAGAGUGUCGACUUCCACUGUGGUGCUAAAGACACUGCAUCGGAGAUCAUGCUCGCGCUUGGUGAGCUUGCAGGAGCGGCUAAGAGCGCAGGACUCCGCGAAGUACUCGCUGCUGGCUCCGGAAACUCUAAUGUGCAGAAGAAGGGAGUUAUGCUUUUUGACUUCAUGGCACAGGGUGAUGACGAAGUUACCGUUGGUCUCGGCGACGAGAUCUUAGUCCUCGACGAUUCCGCAAGUGACGAGUGGUGGAAAGUCAGGCGGCUGAAGAAUGGCAAAGAGGGUGUGGUACCAGCUAAUUACGUUGAGGUCACAGAAACCGUCCCCAUACACGCUCCCGCAGCUGCCAUCGCUCGAUCGGGAACCAACGCUGGCCGAUCCGUCGUCGAACAGAAUAGGCGGGAGGAGGAAGAGCUUGCUCGUCAGGCUGCGAGACGGAAGAAGCCAGAAAGUGAGGCAAGGAACGAUCAGAGAUCAAGCAAGCGCGAAAGCUCCGCAAAGGACUCGAGUUCAAAGUCCGGCUCCAAACCAAGUCAGUAUACAGCAAUUUCACUACUUGAGUUCCUUGAUCUGUCUACCGAAAAGGGUUCUGCGCCGUUCGUGGGCGCCGAACAUCUACCUAAUUCCGCCAAGGUACGCACUUGGACCGACCGAUCCGGAUCGUUCAAGGUCGAGGCAGAGUUCAUUCUCAUCAAGGAUGGCAAGAUCCACCUACACAAAGUCAAUGGCGUCAAGAUCGCUGUACCUGUCACAAAGAUGUCAGUAGAAGACCUCGAGUACGUCGAACGCGUCACAGGCGAGUCUCUAGAUGACGACAAACCCCUAUCGGAUUUGAAGAGGAGGAGCAUGCAACAGCCUCGCGGGAAGGACUCAGGUCCAACCGGUAUUUCUGUCGAGAAGAAGCCGGAAUACGACUGGUUCGACUUCUUCCUCAAGUGUGGUGUCAACCCACAGAUCUGCGAACGGUACGCCAGGGCAUUCACCAAGGACGAGAUGACGGAAGAAAACAUUCCAGACAUCACUCCUGGGCUUCUACGUACGUUGGGUCUCAAGGAAGGUGACAUUCUCCGUGUGACCAAGCACUUGGAUGCGCAGUUUGGAAGAGAUAAGCGAAGUGUUAGCUUUGCUGAAGAGGGAGGAGAGGGAGCUUCUGGUGGACUGUUCUCAGGUCCAGGAGGUGCACUGAGAAACAACACCCGGAAGGGACGUCCUGCACCACCAGUUGAGACGAACGAUGUCGUUGAUCCAAAGGCGUUUGAACCGAAGUCCGAUGAGGCCGUCAAGAAGCCCACAGACGGGACGUCAGCAGCGACAUCUGACAAGACAGCGAAUGGGUUUGACGACAAUGCGUGGGAUGUCAAGCCAUCCAAGUCAACAGCUGACAAGACAGCAUCUCCACCUGCAGCACAAGCCCCUGCCGCAAAACCACCCCAGCUGACUGGAUCCAUGAACGAUUUGUCUCUUCUAGACAUGCCUGCACUCAAGCCUGACGAGAUCGCGCAGCCAACGCCUCCUGCUCCAGCACCUCAGCCCGCACAAGCACCUGCUCAACAGCCUCCAGCACCCGCUCAGCAACCGCAGCCAACAGGCGCUACUCCUACCCUUUUCGAGCAGGUUGCAGCUAUCAAGGCCCUUACCCAACCUCACAACAUGGCCCCGCCGCGCAUGCGCCCACAAGCUCCCCAGCAGCAGGGUCCUGGAGGUCUCAUCGCUCCACCGCCCCAGCGUUCUUCUUCUGCCCCUCAGAACCCACAACAAAGUGGUUUCGGUCCCCCACCACCCCUACAACCUCAGCUCACAGGAUACAACCCCAACCUCAUGGGUCAAAACUCUGGACAGGGCCAAGGCAUGCAGGGUAUGCCACCAAUGCAACAGCAAAUGACAGGCUUCCCACAGCAAAAUGGCGGUUUCGGAUUCCAGCAGAACGGCAUGAUGCCUCAACCUACAGGCUACAACCCCAUGUCUCCACCCCAGCAGCAGCCAAUGCAGACUGGCUUCGCUCAAUACCAACAACAGCAGCCAACUGGCUUCCAGCAGCCCAUGCAGACAGGUUUCCAGCAGCAGCAGCCACACUUCACACAAGGCUUCGGGAAUGGCAGCCCUUUUGCCGACCCACCACGGGCACCUUUCCAACCACUACAGGCUCAGCCUACGGGGUACAACUCGUUCCAACCAUCGCCGCUUAACCCCCAGGCGACUGGCGUCAACCGCUUUCUACCCCCGGCCCUUGCGCCACAGCCGACUGGCUACAUGUCGAACCAAAGCCCGCCGCCUGUCCCUCCCAUGCCGCCAAUGCCCCAGGCGCAGCCUUUGGUGCCCCAGAAGACUGGCCCACCACCGACCAUCAAGUUUGGUGUACAGCCCGCAAAGAAGCUAACGCCCCAGCCGACGGGGAGGGCGAACCUUGCCAAUGCCACACCCCAAAACCCGUUCGGCUUCUAA